UUGGAGUCUGACAGCGGGAAGCCCCGCCCCUGCCCGGAAGCCGCCCGUUGCCUUGGCAGUGAGGCCGCGCUGCUUCCCGGAGCGGCCGGGGCCCGGUCUGGGAAGGAAGGGGCCGGGGAGGCAGCGCGAGGCCGGGCCCUGUCCUCCAGCCCCCGUCAUGACUAGGCCGGAGAUGGCGGACGAGACGCUGUUCCUGCUGCUGCACAACGAGAUGGUGUCUGGGCUGUACCGGGCCGCGGAGCACGGCGAGGGGGAAAAUGGACGAUGCAUCACUAAACUGGAAAAUAUGGGGUUUAGAGUAGGACAAGGAUUAAUUGAAAGGUUUACCAAAGACACUGCUAGAUUCAAGGAUGAGUUAGAUAUUAUGAAGUUCAUCUGCAAAGAUUUUUGGACUACUGUAUUCAAAAAGCAAAUUGAUAAUUUAAGGACCAAUCAUCAGGGUAUUUAUGUACUUCAGGACAACAAAUUUCGUCUCUUGACUCAGAUGUCUACAGGAAAACAGUAUUUAGAAUAUGCACCUAAGUAUCUGGCAUUCACUUGUGGACUAAUCAGAGGUGGCUUAUCAAAUCUGGGAAUAAAGAGUAUUGUGACAGCUGAAGUUUCAGCAAUGCCUGCAUGUAAAUUUCAGGUGAUGAUACAGAAGAUGUAGAACAUGUUCAGAUCUGUGUAUCUGCCCUUUUUUAAAAACCCUGUGUACACUAAAGAUGUCUUGAUUCAUUUAGCUUCACCUGUAUACCUUAUAAAUUAUAGUAGCAUGCAGCAAAAUUCCUGCAUUAUGUAAAGUAAAUAUUAACUUAAUAAAAAUAGCUUAACACGA